AAUCCCAGAGCUAAGAAAGCACAACCUUUGUACCGUGCUCCUCCCUUUGUUGUUCAGACACCAUUGACUCUGGAGGCAGUGAAGAUGAUUCAAUUUGCUUUUAGUAGUGAGCUUCCCGAAAGUGACAUAUUGGUUAGUCUUGGUGGCGGGGUUCUUUCCUUGUUACGUGAAGAUUUUGUCGAGCUUUUGCCAAGGACCAGAAUUUCAACAAGGAUUAUAGAAAUGGCGUGUCUGUGCAAGACACUAGAAGAACGAAGUUGUGGUCGCAGUGGUGGCUUGUCUUGGUUCUUUCCACCUUCAGUUUCGGAUCGUGCGAAUCAUUGCAACGAGGAGCAGUUUAUGGCUAAGAUGCGUUCAUAUAAGAUACUUGAGCGAUACUGUAUAAGUGAGCUACUUUACUGCAGUAAGAUUCAUGUCCCAAUUUUCAACCUCACGUUGAACCACUUCUAUCUGGCGGUCUUUAAUAUGGAAGCCAAAGAAAUUGAAAUCUGGGACUCAAUACGAGGAACU